AUGAAGUUCAACGCCGACACGUCCAGCUCGCGCCGCAAGUCGCGCAAGGCGCACUUCUCCGCGCCGUCCUCUGUCCGCCGCAAGAUCAUGUCCUCCUCCCUCUCCAAGGAGCUCCGCGGCAAGCACUCCGUUCGCUCUGUACCCAUCCGCAAGGACGACGAGGUCAGGAUUGUGCGUGGAAAGUACAAGGGUCGCGAGGGCAAGGUCACCCAGGUCUACCGCAAGAAGUGGGUCAUCCACGUCGACCGCGUCCAGAGGGACAAGGCCAACGGCUCCACCGCGCCCAUCGGCAUCCACCCAUCAAACGUUGUCGUCAUCUCACUCAAGCUCGACAAGGACCGCCGCGCGAUCCUUGAGCGCAAGGCAGCGAAGAAGGAGGCAAAGGAGGACGUCGAGAUGACCGACUAA